AUGAAUUGCCAGCCGUACAGCCAUUAUGAGGAUUGCACAAGCCCUUGCCCGCAAUCCUGCCCAUUCCCAGCUAACCAGCCAACUUGCGAGGGUAUCUGCGUGGAGGCUUGUGUCUGUAACGACGGCUACGUCCUCAGUGCAGGCCAGUGCGUGCUCCCCGAGACCUGCGGCUGCUCUUAUCAGGGCCACUAUGUAAAGCCUAAUGAGCGCUUCUGGACCGAGGGCUGUCAGCAGCAGUGUGAGUGUGACCCUGACUUCCGCACGGUGGUGUGCUGGUAUGCAGCCUGCGCGGCUAACGAGCUGUGCAUUCUCGAGGAUGGCCUGCGUUUCUGUCGGCCCAUCACCUACUCCACCUGCACAGCUGCCGGAGAUCCUCACUACCACACGUUCGAUGGAUAUUAUUUCAACUUCCAGGGCACUUGUACAUACCAGUUGGUGGCACUAUGUUCCAAUGACACUAAGCUCAUUCCAUUCACUGUCACGGUACAGAACAACCAUCGCGGCAGUGAAGUCGUAGCCUUUACAAAAUUGGUGAAUGUAUACAUUUAUGGGCUCACUGUCACCAUCAGCAAGAAUUUCCCCUACAAAAUCCUGGUGGAUGGCCAGGCUGCGUCUUUACCAUUCUAUUAUGACAACAACCAACUGAUGGUCUACCGCAGUGGCUCGAUGGCAGUUGUAGAAGUGGGCUUUGGCUUGCAGGUGACGUUUGACUGGAACAGCCUGGUCCAGGUGACCUUGCCUAGCACCUACUGGGGUGCUGUCUGUGGCCUAUGUGGCAACUACGAUGGAAACCCGACUGAUGACCGCACCAUGAGGGGUGGGGGUAUUGCCUCUACUGAUGAGCAACUGGGUGCCAGUUGGCAGCACCUAGCUGUCCCAAAAACAGCAAUUACAAACUAUGCUCAGCGGGCUGCCCCGACACAUGUGCCAACCUGCCUUUAG